GCUGCUGCGGGGCGGGCGGCGGGCGGAGGAGGAGGAGGGGCGCCGGGGGGCGCGGGGCCGGGCCGGGAGCGCAGCCUUUGAUCCCCAGUCACGCCACCCCCUCGGCCCGCGUGGCCGGUAGACACCUUGGGGACUUGCGGCCUCCUGCUUGGCGGGGCACGCGGACCUUCCCUGUGGCCUGGCUCAGUCACUGGUUCCGCUCGGGCAGGCCCUCCACUCCUGCGUCCGCCCUCUAAUUCGUGGUAAAAGCCCCUGGGCCCGAGCGUUUCUCUCCGCGGGACUGGCAAGGUGAGAAGCCUGUUGUCCAUCUCCCGACCCCGUGGCCGCUGGCCCCUGCUGCCAGGACGAGGGGCCCGGAGGGGACGGCUGAGAGCUGCCCCGCGCCCCGCGUGGAGUCUUGGGCCGGUCGCAGGGGCACAAGGCUUGUUUAGAGCGCUCUCACGCAGUGGGUGCGGAUUGUAUCCGUUGCCUGUCAUUCUUGGGGGCACUCGGGCCCGUGAGGGGUUUGGUGCUGUCAGCUGCGUAUCUGGCCCCCUGGAACCCGCGCUAGCCCGGCGCACAUCAGCACAUCCGUGCAUCCGGGGCUAUGUUGUUAGAAGCCUCCUCUUCCUCCGCAGGGAAACGGGGAGGUGUCUUGGACCUGCGUAGGAAGCCUGGGGCACCCAGACCCACACUCAACAGCUGCUGCCUCGGGAAAGGAUGCUGCUGGCAUACAGAGGCUUUUGCCUUAAAAAAAAGAUUUUAUAUACUAAUACAUAUACACACAUACACAAACAUACGUACCUACAUGUAUGUAUCUGCGUGUUCUCCGAGUGAGGCUUGGCCUCGCCAGUCAGAGUCAAGGGCUGUGUCCUGGUGGAGAGCAAGGAGUGACCCUGCCCAGGUGCACAUGCUCACGUGCGUGGUGGGCAUCGUGGUGAUGGCGACCACCAAUUCUCUGAUGUGGACCUUCUUCAGCCGGGGUCUCAGCUUCUCCAUGUCCUCAGCCAUCGCGUCUGUCACCGUGACUUUUGCAAACAUCCUCAGCUCAGCCUUCCUGGGCUACGCGCUGUACGGAGAGUGCCAGGAGGUCCUGUGGUGGGGAGGAGUCUUCCUCAUCCUGUGCGGGCUCACGCUCAUCCACAGGAGGCUGCCGCCCACCUGGAAGGCGCCGCCACGCAAGCAGCAGUAGCGCCACUCGAGCCCCACGCACCAGCCAGGACGGGUCAACGGCGCCCAGGGCAGCCGCGCCGCACAGCCCUCCGACCGCCAGCUGUGGGGGGACGCUGGGCGUUCGGGCCAGGCCCGGGACCCUGCAGCCCGGAGGGUGCCCAGCCCCGGCCCCUGCAGGAGGAGCUGCAGCCGCAUUGGCAGUGUGCCCCGGAUGCUGCCCGUUGUCUGUGUCACCCUUUCCAUCCACACAAGCCCAGCCGUGCCCAGGCCUAGCCGACUCUGGAGGCCCUGGGCGUGGUUUGCUUCAUGUAUGGCACCGGAAACCACACGUAUUCUGAGUCUCGUUGCCUAACCAGGGCCGGUCACACAGCAGAGUGCACGCCCGAGGGGCUGAUGGCCCAGGCCAUUCUGUGUCAUGCUGUUGUGUUACAGCAAGAGGAGGGAAAUGGUUAAUAAAUACUUUUUUGUAAGCUAAAA